GCUAUGCAACAUAAUUAUUUAAGACAUGGCUACCACGAAUUAACCGUUAUCGCUAAUGGAUAAAUACCUUGAAAAUUUAACCUGCUGAACUGGUGGCUAAACCGCAGAAAAUGGUGAAAGGAAACGUUGCUCGCAAGACAGACAGAAAUAAUACAAAAAAGAAGAGAGAAAGCAAUGCUGGCCUUGCAGCAGCCAGCUCAGCUAUUUGGGGUAUUAGGUUAAACAAUGCAGAGAAAAUCAAGUUACACUACAGGGAAUAUGCCUUUAAGUUGCUCAUGGAAAAUGAAUCCCUGCAAAGUCAGAUCUGCCAGGUUGAAUGGGACACCAUCGAAGUGCUGAAUUAUCUGAAAACCCAAGAUGGCAAAAAAGAGGAAUCUAUUGACCGAUUACAAACAGAAGUCCGUGAACUCCAAAAGAAGCACGAGAAAGAAAUUUCUAUAUUGACUGUUGACUUCCAGGAACAGUUAAGCAAUCUUGAAGAUAAACUAGAAGCAAAAAGACAAGAAGCGGAUAGUUAUCACAAUGACCUCAAACAAGUCCGGCAAAUUUCUGCAGAGAAUAAAGAAAUGCAGAAGGAAAUAGAAGAGUUGAAAGAAGCUUUAAGAGUCGCAGAUGAACAACACCAGAAAACGCUUGAACAGAUUGAAAGAAAAUUCUUCGAAGAUAAGUUUAGAUUUGAAGAAGAAACGAAUAAGAAAACUUUUAAACUAAAACGUGAAGCCCGACAAGAUGCUAUCAAGAAUCUGAACGAUAUUACAAAGCAAAUUUAUCAAGAGAAUGCCAGACUUUCCGAAGCCCUGUUGACACAUAUAAAGGAUAUUGAAAGCCUUAGACAGUCUAACAACAAAUUUGUCAAAAAAUAUGAGUUUGUAAAGCAGGAACUGAAAGAACAAAAGUUUCUAUUACAUAAGAAAGUUAAAGAAGUGAAGAACUACAAAACUGAGAAUGUAGAGUUGCUGCAAAGAAUUGAAGACCUGGAGAAAUCAGAGAGUGACCUGGUUAAAGAAUUUGAGACAAAGAAAAAUGACUUGGUUGUAGAAUGUCGUAAGGAAACAGAGUGUAACAAACAAGAGAUAACUCAAUUACAGCAAGUGAUAGAAACAAAAUCUAAGGAAUUGUCUCACAUAAAACGGUUGGCACGAAGUGUCUUGGAACAAAGGAAUGACCUGGAGACUUUCUUUGCUGAAUCUUUGGAUUAUGUAAGAAAGAAAAUUGCCGCUCACCGGAAACUCUAUAUACAGCAAGCAAAGCAGGCCUACCAACACAAAUUGCUGGAAGCAAACAAUGGUAAAACAGAACACCCCAAAGUCCGGACGUUUACUAAACCAGGAACGAGUACAAACAAUGUCUACAAUGAUUUUGAUGCAGCAAAAUUGCUGAACAUUGCAGAUGUACAAAUAGAUGUAAAAGACCUCACAUGGGAACAAAAAGAGAGCGUUCUUUGUUAUUUAUUUUCCAGAAUGAAUAGAAAUGACAAAGAAUCAUCAAAUGCCAACAACUUGCUUCCAAAAGUGGAACCAAAGAAGCUUUUAUCAAUUGAAAAUCCAAAGAAAAGUUUUACUCGAACAUUUCUGACACAAGCACCAUUUCAUCGUUGCCUGGAGAAAAAGUUGAUUACAACAAUUCAAAUGGCUUGAAAAAUGAAGGAAAGUGUCUCAGAAUGUAUUUUCGUGUGGGAAUUCAUUGCUAGUUUUAGCUGUGUAUGUGUGUAUACAUCUGAGGAAGUGGAAUUGUACUGACCAAGGCAACAUCUGUCACUUUUCAUUAAGAUUGCCAAUAAGAGCAAUCUUUGGUUUUUUAGGUAUGUAUAACUGCAGAGCUGAUGAAGCCAAACCAAUCUGAGAAAAUGCAAAAAUAGACUUGAAUAUUGUGAUUAAGUGAGAUAAAUGUGUAAAGGCCAAUAAAUCAUUUAUUGAGUGUCAUUAAAACA